ACAGCUGAUUACUCUGACAGUCGCCAAUUCCUGCGUCUAAUCAACAUUCCUGGCAUUAUCUUUCAGUGGAAGCUGACAUUUUAUAAUCUGUUUCAGCUGAUCAUAACUGUAGCAUGAUGCGGUGGUUAAAGUUCCUGACGUUCCUUGUUAUUUGUCGUCAUGUUCACUCUUUGGAACUGAAAGGUCUUCAACUUCUAGUGAGUCUGAUAAGUGGCGAAUUUAUGGAACCAAGGACCCGAAACGAGGAUGAAACCGCGACAGUCCCAGCCACAAGGGAAGGCUAUACAAAUUACACCUUCAUAGAUUUUAUAACGUUCCCUGGGAAGAAAAUAUGCGACAAGAAUGAUCCCAAUAAGACGCUGAAUCAAGGACAGAAGCCCGAUGGCAGGAGGCCGCCCAUCAAAGUGAAAUGCCUUGGCGGGCGAGGAAACAACACCGUUCACGUGGUCCAAUCGAUGAAGGAUGCGCUGACAGUACUAGCACCGCACGGGAAUUCGACAAAACGCAGCGUCGAAGGCAAUUGCACGCUCGUCCUGUUUUACACCAAGUCAUGUUUAUCGAGUGCCGUAGUUGCGCCGCACUAUAAUGCACUCGCCAGGCAAUUCCCUGACAUUAAGGUUGCCGCGAUCGAUGCCUUCAAAUUCUACACCUUCAACACCGAAUUUGGAAUCGUGGGUUUGCCCACGAUUAUGCUUUUCCAUCAAGGCCGCCCCAUUGUCAAGUUCAACGACAGUUCCGCGACAGUUAAUAAUUUUGCAAAUUUCGUGACGAAGCAUACUGGCAUCAAGGCUGUAUCGAAUUCCGCGUAUGUGACGUCCGAGGAUUUCCAAGGUCCGCUUUCGAGCAAGGUGGAAAAGGAGCCGGACCCAUAUUUGUAUCUGGCGUGGGCGUUCAUUGCCGUCUGCGGUGGUUAUUACUUCACAAAAUCCAAGCUUUACACACAAAUCAUAGAAAUGAUCAAAAGGAACUGGCAGGAGUCUGAGGCACAGCAUGAGGGUGGGAGUUAAAUUAGCAACUUAAAUAUAUUUAUUUUAGGAUGAGUAGCUGCUAAGGACUUAGAUACUUAUAAGUGGUUUGAUGUCAUGCUUCUUUAAUAAAGUCGUUGUUUUUGUUUUGA